AUGACUCUCUGCCCGGCCCCUCGUCGCACUCCUGGCCCGCUCCGCCCUCCACCCCCCAAGAAGUCUUUGAACACGAUCAUCGAGGAAGACACUAGCUACACAAGUGACACGAGCGACAGCAGUUGCACCAGUUCCAGUAACUCGUGGUCCAAGUUGCCCAAGCCUCCAAUCAUGCCCCCCACCGAGACGCCAGCCGUGUCCGCUAUGGCGCCAACCACACUGGUCGUCGCGACACCGUACCCCCAGGACACCGAGUUUGUUUAUGAACCUCGUUGUUAUCAAGAGCCUCCUGGAGACCCCAUGGUCACUUAUCCCGACGAGUAUAGGACCUCCAGUUAUGACGCAGUUCGGUGUUGCCCGGGCCCCGUGUUCUGUGUCGAGGCCCAGUCUCCCACCAUCAAGGACGAGGUUAUGGACGACAGCUCCAUGGCUGAGGGAUCCCGCCUUGAUGGGGUCACCCCGGCCAGGGCCGCAGUCAUCAUGCAGGCCAAACAGCUCGAGCUCGAGUCUCGCCGCCUCGACCUUGAAGCCAAAGCUCUCGACCACGCCAAGAAGGAUGCCGCCGUUCGUCGUCGUGCAGCUGCCAUUGAUUGGUCUAUCAAGCUGCUCGAGCUCGACUUGAUCGAUCGCUCAAAGCUUGACCAAGCCACAGUCAGCAAGCUAGACAAAACUGUUGACAAGGUCCGCGCCGCAAUUGAUGCCAUGGACCUCGAUGGACAGGGCAUUGAUAAUCCCACCUGGUUACUGGCCCUCUGA